AUGGUGCUGGUAACACAGCAGGUGCCAAAACUGGCCCCUCCUCAAACCUCCAAGUUCCUUCACCACAUGGUGCUGGUAACACAGCAGGUGCCAAUACUGGCCCCUCCUCAAACCUCCAAGCCCUUUCACCACAUGGUGCUGGUAACACAGCAGGUGCCAAUACUGGCCCCUCCUCAAACCUCCAAGCCCUUUCACCACAUGGUGCUGGUAACACAGCAGGUGCCAAUACUGGCCCCUCCUCAAACCUCCAAGCCCUUUCACCACAUGGUGCUGGUAACACAGCAGGUGCCAAUACUGGCCCCUCCCCUAACCUCCAAGUUCCUUCACCACAUGGUGCUGGUAACACAGCAGGUGCCAAUACUGGCCCCUCCUCAAACCUCCAAGCCCUUUCACCACAUGGUGCUGGUAACACAGCAGGUGCCAAUACUGGCCCCUCCUCAAACCUCCAAGCCCUUUCACCACAUGGUGCUGGUAACACAGCAGGUGCCAAUACUGGCCCCUCCCCAAACCUCCAAGCCCCUUCACCUGCACAUGGUGCUGGUAACACAUCAGGUGCUAAUACUGGCCCCUCCCCAAACCCCCAAGUCCCUUCACCACAUGGUGUUGGUAACACAGCAGGUGCCAAUACUGGACUUCUCAGCCUUGAUCCCCAAGUCCCUUCACCACAUGGUGCUGGUAACACAAUUUCAGGUGCUAAUACUGGCCCCUCCCCAAACCUCCAAGUUCCAGCUGGUAACACAUCAGGUGCUAAUACUGGCCCCUCCCCAAACAUGGGCUAUAUUGUUCCUUCACCACAUGGUGCUGGUAACACAUCAGGUGCCAAUACUGGCCCCUCCCCAUACAUGGGCUAUAUUGUUCCUUCACCACAUGGUGCUGGUUACACAUCAGGUGCUAAUACUGGCCCCUCCCCAAACAUGGGCUAUAUUGUUCCUUCACCACAUGGUGCUGGUAACACAUCAGGUGCCAAUACUGGCCCCUCCCCAUACAUGGGCUAUAUUGUUCCUUCACCACAUGGUGCUGGUUACACAUCAGGUGCUAAUACUGGCCCCUCCCCAAACAUGGGCUAUAUUGUUCCUUCACCACAUGGUGCUGGUAACAUAUCAGGUGCCAAUACCGGACUUCGGGCCAACCAAACCCAUUCCCAAGGUCCUUCACCACCGGGUGAUGAUGUAA